UCUGUUCUUAAAACUGUUUAUAGCGAUAUAACCCACCAAAACCCAACAAGUUUGCCGUUUUACCCAUAAAAUUGCUCCAAAAUUUUCCCUCACUUUCUCUCUUUUCCGGAUUGGCUGGAUCUCACAUCCAUAGUCUUCAAUCCGGAAGAGACCCCAUAUAAUUAAUGAUAAACCCACAACAAAAAUGCAAUUCUGGGAUUUUUUAUUCCUUCGAAUUUAGUAAAGUUUGAAGCUUUCGUGAUAAAUUAAGGUUUUUAUUAUUUCGCGAUAUUAAGUCUUCUUACUUUCGAAUUUAAAGGUCUGGAUUCGAUCGAAUUAUGGGGAAAACGAACGUUUAUAGGUCAAGUUAAAACUUUUAGGGUUCAGGGUUUGUGUUCACUGAAAGCUCUUUGGAGCAGCCAAUGCGAUUUUGGAUAGUUUUGGAAAAAUUUCGGUCGUUUUUGAGAUACCGGGAAUAAAAGUAAAGCUCAGUAAGGAUAUCGAUGUCUUGGGCAGGCCCAGAUGAUUUUUAUCUCUCUACUUCUCUUGCCAGUUACUUAGAUAAGAAACUACUUGUAUUGCUUCGUGAUGGUCGGAAACUUAUCGGUACACUUUGUUCAUUUGAUCAAUUUGCCAAUGCUGUUCUUGAGAGUGCAUGUGAGAGAGUUAUUGUUGGUGACCUUUAUUGUGACAUCCCACUAGGUCUAUAUGUAAUUCGUGGGGAGAAUGUUGUUUUAAUUGGUGAGCUGGACUUGGAGAGGGAGGAGCUUCCUCCACACAUGACUCGUGUUUCAGUUGCAGAAAUUAGAAGGGCACAGAAAGCAGAGAGGGAGGCAACAGAUCUCAAAGGUACAAUGAGGAAAAGAAUGGAGUUCUUGGAUUUGGACUAGAUGUUUGCUUCCUGCCUGACGUUCCGCAAAUAUUAGGCGGUUGUUGGUGCAGGAGAAUCCAUUAACAGUGGUUGUUAACUCUCCGAAACUUUGAACAAUUUUCUAGGAGAAUGCUUGUUUUAUGAUUUAUUAUCUACUCUGUGGUACUGAUUUUGUUGGUUAAUAUAUCAUAUUAAUUUCUCUUUUCUUUUA